GAAAGAGUGCAGAGCCUUGGGAGGAGCUUUGAGACCAGUUUGGAUAUCCUUCAGCAGGCUGAAGUCCCACCUGUCCAGGAGCUGGAUGUUGUCAUACAAGGUAAAAUUAUGAAUGAUACCAUCAUAUUGAUGCCAAACUCCUUGGGAUCUUUAUUUCCCACAGAUCCCAAAGCACUGUGCAGAGCAGGCCAGUGUAAUUUACUGAACCACAUGAAGGCAAAGCAGCUUCCCUGAGCAAGUCCAGUUGCAGAUUUAGGCACAAAACCCAGGAUUCCUGAGUGCCUGUCCAAUGCUCUCUUCAGUUGGACACCCCUCCUAAUAUAGAUGUGUGAACAGAGUGACAUAGCUUCUUCUGUAUCAUCAAAGGCUCCCUAAAAGGGAGCAACUUUCUGUCUUCUUCUUGGGACAACCAGGAUGUGCUCAGUCAGGAGAGAAGUUGUCACCUUGCUGCUCUGUCAGUGCUGGGAGUGACUGUAUUGUUUUCAGAAUGCUCCAGCAUAUCUUUAAUCUUCUCUUGUCUGUUCUGUUUGUGAUUCCUCAAAGCAGUUCCAGGGGCUGAUCCCAAGUGCUCACAGUGUCUGUGUGUGUAAGAGAGAGAGAGAAGAUCUUCCAUUUUCAUGCCUUGCAAAUGUAACUGGCACUGAGCUCUCUGUAGUAAUGGGAGACACAAAGCUGUCUUUUGCCUUCCCAUCCAGUACCACUUCCAAAGGAGGACAAGUCACUGCCUAACCUUUCUCAACAAGUUGUAGGACUGGGAGAAGAAUUCCCCAGGCUUUUGGGUCCUCGUAGCCAUUUCCUUGCUUGAUUCCCCUGAUUAAAGUCCAGUUUUAAGGUCACUGUUGGGGAAAGCAAAAUAUAAGAUUAGUCAGCAAGCUCUUUACAGUCCUGUAUUUAGCAGACCUCUGUGAGACGGUUAACUCUCCACAUACUGUCUUUCCCCCUCAAGAGCCUCCUGCACCCAAACCAGAGGAAAAGGAGCCUCAAGAUUCUAAAGAGUUGCAAUCCAGCUCAGAGCAAACGUAGGUUCUCCCAGCAGUGUAGAGAUACCUGUGUAGCAUCGCAGUGCUUGUAGACCUAGUUGCUGUCCCUUUAUUUCAAGUAAAGUGAUGUUAACCACUAGAAUGCCAAUCUAAUAGAAAACCCCAUGCUGGAUUACCAUUUGUUUUCUUGACUAUCAGCCAGGUUGGAUUUAAGAUGACUGUGACAGCCAUACUGCUGGGGGGAGAGAGCACGGGUGUUGCUCUGAAAGAUAAUAAAGAUGUUGACUGAAAGAUCUACUUUUUUAUUUACUGAACUCUGUCUCUGGUUAUAAGAGAGGAUGGUCCUACUAUAUAGGUUUGAGCCCCAAGGGCUGAAUGGAUACAGAGUCUUGACUCCACUCUGAAUGCAUAAAGGGAUAAUCUCUCUGGGUAUGUAUGUGCUACAUCCCCUGUACGUAAAGGGUGCCCACCCAUUCCUGCUCUCUGGAGAUAGAGGUCCCAAAAGACAUAAUGAGGAGGAGUCCCUGGAGCAGCUUCACCACUGCAUUUCCAGGUGUGUUGUGUGAGUGGCAUGUACUCACCAGCAGUCCUUUGUGAGAGUGCUGGAGAUGUAAUUUAGACACAGCCAGAAGUUAGUACUAGGAUCCUGGCUGACAAAGGGUGUCUUUCUUCACAGCACUAAGGAGGAUGCAUUUUUUUUAAAUGGCUGAGCUUCAAAUACUUGUAGUAGUGUCUUACCUCCAGCUCUCUGACUGUCACCCUUCAGUGGUGUAUGUCAUCACUGAGGCUGUACUUUUCUAACCUUGCUAGUCCUAUCCUGUAGGCUUGACAUUGUUCUGCCCUCCUCCUUGAGCAGCGAAUGUAAUGAGAUACAAGCAGGCAGCAGGGCUACAGGAUCAGAAAGGGGACGUUGGAGAACUGGUAACAGUUCCCUCAUGGUGGAGGAGGAAGAAGUGAGCUAUGCCCAUUUUUUCUCUUUAGUUUAGUUUACUCCAGUAGGAGAGGCUUCAUGUAGCCCAUAGCUCUUCAGUAGCAGGCUUGGCCAACCUUCCUAAAGAACCUCAGAGAGUUCAGACCUCUACCUCCCUUAGGCCACAAGCCCAACCUUUGGCAUUUCCCAUCCUCACAUAUCAGGGUGGGCAUUGCUUGACAGAUAAAGAGAACUUUUGCGAUUUGCUCUAGAUCACAAGACCUUUACUCAAGAUCUGUUAGUGCCAGAGUUGGGAAUUGAACUGGGUUGUCUGGUUUCCUAGUUCAUUAUUCACUGGAUAGCACUGUCUCCAUUCUUACACCUGCCUAUCUGAACCUUCACCAAAGUUUCUGCACCCUUAGUUCUACAAAAAAGGGUGGAGACGUCACAAGAAUGGGCUUUUCCCUAAUUUUUUCACUACUAGUCAAUGUCAACUCAGCAACAAUGAGAUAGAGACUACUUAUUAUUAAUAACUAUUAACGCUCAAGAGAGGUUUAAGUAGCUAACCAGGAGCUGUGGCAGUUCAGACUCCAGCUGCAAAGCAUUUACCCAGGAUACUGGUGGGCUCAUACAGCCCACUUUGAAGCCUGUGUUUCUGUAGCCAGUGUGCUACCAUGAAGCGCAGUCUCACUCCUGACUCCAGUUUUAGAUAGAGCUUCUGCAUUCUGGCUCUGAGUUGUGUGUGUUGAAGGCAAAUUCUAUCCCUUCCUCCCUACACAUUGAAUGGACCGUGGUUCUGAGGGUUAGCCCUGAAUAUGUUCAUUUGUCUCUGAGCAUAAUUCACCAAGGGCAGCAGAGGAAAGGAAAGUGGGUCCACUAUGGUUGUAGUGAGGAUGUAGGGAGAGCUGUUAUGACUGUGUGUGUUCUCUUUCUGCAGGUUUGGAAGCGGAGUCAUUAACUGGCUAGUGCAGGGUUUUGAGAAAAUGGUACCUCAGCCAGAGAAAAAGCCUGAGGAAGCAAAGGAAAAGAAGCCUGAGGAGACUGCCAAAAUAGAAGAACCAAAGCUGGAGCCUAAACCGGAACCGAAGCUGGAGCCCCCACCAAAAGAGAGUGCCAGUGAAUCUCUAACUACACAAGAGGCAACUGCAGCUAGCCAGCUGGGGCUUGGAGUCUCUUUUUUCCCUUGGGCUCUAGGCGGUGAUGGUAGUAGGAUGUUUGACUGGUUUGUUCAGGAACUGGAGAAGAUGGUUCCACAGCCUGUGAUCAAGCAAGCUGAUUCGGAAGGAGAAGUGGUAACUGCGUGCCCAGUGGAGGAGAUUUGUAUCUUCCCUGAGGAGCAGGGAGAGACCAAACUUGCCAUUGAAGACAUUGAAUCCAAUGAAGUUCUAGAAGAGGUGAAACCUUGUGACACUGAGAUGGAACUUAAACUGUCUUCUGCUCCUCUCCCUUCAAUAGAAGAGGAAACUCAGGAGGAAGAAGAGAGGGUUGUCUGUGGUGACUGGUAUGUGUGUCCAGCCCCAGAGGUACCUGCAGCUCAGCGGUUGCAGACAUCCUAUUUCCAGAAUGGUAGCGAGGAGGAAGAAACCAAGACUGCAAAAUUCCUGCCUCACUCUUGUAUUAUUUUUAAUGAGGACGUGGGUGAGCAUUCUUUUGCAGUAGCUGCUCCAGAUAGUUACCAUAUAGAAGAAGAACAAGUGAUUGAGUUCAGCGCUGCUGCUUCAGAUGUUUGCCAGCUAGAACAUGACCAGCCAAUUGAGUUCAGUGUUGCUCCAGAUGUUUGCCAGCCAGAAGAUGACCAGCCAAUUGAGUUCAAUGAUGCUCCAGAUGUUUACCAGAUAGAAGAAGAGCAAGUGACUGAGGUCAAAGACCCGUUGAUAAAGGUGGAAGAAGUGCAAGUAGAACCUGAAUUGGAGCCUGCUGGAACAGAUACUGAAGGGCCAUCAUCAAUUACCUACCCCAUUGUCAGCAUCAAGGAUGCGGAUGCCCAAGGUGAGGCUCCAGCAGAAGAGAAAAGUCACCCUCCUCUGCAGCUACCCUCUGAUAAUGUAUCCCAAAUGCUCACUGUACCUGGCCGGCCAGGAUCUAGUAGGAAGAAGCACGAAUCCCGUGAUGACACCCUGGAGGAACUCACUUUUACCUCUCCACUGCCAUCCCCAUCCAGAGACUGGCAAGGAAGUAUGCCAGAUCACAUGGGUUCACCAACUAGCCAGAGCAGUGCAAUCAUCAAUGACCGGCUGCAGGAGCUAGUGAAGCUCUUUAAGGACAGGACUGAAAAAGUGAAGGAGAAGCUGAUUGACCCAGAUGUUUCUUCUGAAGAUGAAAGCCCCGUGGCAUCCCCUGCCAAGAAAAAGCCUCCAGAACCACUGCCUCCACCCCCUGCUGAAUUAAAACCUGAAGCUGCAAAAGUUGAAGAGGAGGAGCAUUACUGUGAGAUGCUUUGCUGCAAAUUCAAACGCCGUCCCUGGUUUGACAUCUUGAAGAAUUACCAGUUCCCAAGUAGCAUAGACCCUCUCACCAAUCUGAUGUACGUGCUGUGGCUGUUCUUUGUUGUAAUGGCCUGGAAUUGGAACUGCUGGCUGAUUCCAGUCCGUUGUACCUUUCCAUACCAGACACCAGAUAACAUCCAUUACUGGCUUCUUAUGGACUAUCUCUGUGACCUCAUCUACCUUCUGGACAUCCUUGUCUUUCAGGCCCGCCUACAGUUUGUCAGAGGAGGAGACAUCAUUUGUGAUAAAAAGGAAAUGAGAGAAAACUACAUGAAAACUGAACGCUUCAAGAUGGACUUGAUCUCCCUCAUUCCUCUGGAUAUAUUUUACUUCAAAGUUGGCGUAAAUUCCCUCUUACGUUUGCCUCGCUGUUUAAAGUACAUGGCUUUCUUCGAGUUUAACAAUCGACUUGAAGCUAUUCUGAGCAAGGCAUAUAUUUACAGAGUGAUAAGGACCACAGCCUAUUUACUCUACUGCUUACAUGUGAACUCUUGUCUAUACUAUUGGGCAUCGGCAUUUGAAGGGCUGGGUUCUACACACUGGGUGUAUGAUGGGGAAGGAAACAGUUAUAUCCGCUGUUAUUACUGGGCUGUCAAGACCCUGAUUACCAUUGGAGGCCUCCCAGACCCUCGAACUCUGUUUGAAAUAGUCUUCCAGCUUGUGAACUACUUCACGGGAGUCUUUGCCUUCUCUGUUAUGAUAGGUCAGAUGAGAGAUGUAGUUGGUGCCGCUACAGCAGGACAAACUUAUUAUCGGAGUUGCAUGGACAGUACCAUUAAGUACAUGAACUUCUACAGAAUUCCCAGAGUUGUUCAGAACCGGGUCAAAACAUGGUAUGAAUACACAUGGCAGUCACAAGGCAUGCUAGAUGAAACCGAGCUGUUGGUGCAGUUACCUGAAAAGAUGAGGCUGGAUAUUGCCAUUGAUGUGAACUAUGCUAUAGUCAGUAAGGUGGCGCUCUUCCAGGGCUGUGAUCGGCAGAUGAUUUUUGACAUGCUGAAGAGGCUCAAGUCUGUUGUUUACUUACCUCAUGACUACGUAUGUAAGAAGGGGGAAAUUGGCCGAGAGAUGUACAUUAUACAGGCUGGACAGGUGCAGGUGCUUGGAGGACCUGAUGGCAAAACUGUGCUUGUGACACUGAAACCUGGGUCGGUGUUUGGAGAAAUCAGCUUGCUGGCAGUGGGAGGUGGAAAUCGCCGCACAGCAAAUGUUGUGGCUCAUGGAUUCGCUAAUCUUUUCAUUCUGGAUAAGAAGGACUUGAGCGAAAUUUUGGUGCAUUAUCCUGACUCAGAGAAGCUUCUGCGUAAGAAAGCAAAGAAAAUGCUGAAAAACAACAAUAAACAGAAAGACGAAAAAGGAAUGCCCAAAGAGACGCUCAUCAUUCCACCGAGACCUGGGACACCUAAACUCUUCCAAGCGGCUCUGGUAGCUGCAGGAAAGAUGGCAAGGAAAGGAAAGCUUGCCCACAUCAGGUGGAAACUAAAAGAGCUGAAAGCAAUGCAGGAAAUGCAGGAGGCAGCUUCCGCUCCAGUUCCACCAAAAUCACCAAUGCACCAUCGAUCCCCAUUGGCCUCCCACCGCAAGUCAGAAGAACAACAAACUGAGGAAGUUGUCACUGUGACGGGAGAUGAUUCGGUCUCUUUCCGCAUGACUCCUGCCCCACAAAGUGGGGAACAGAUUCUCACUGUUGAGGUUGUGGAGCCAGAAGAAAAGAAAUGAAAAAAGCAAAUGAUUGCCUCUCUCCUAGAAAACUGCUGCCAUGUAUUUCAGCUCAGCCAAUGUGUCAGAUGGAAAAAGGUUUCUGUACAAUGGCUAGAGGCUUUGCUAACUAAGCUAAUUUGAUAGGCUCUGCCUUUCUUGUGUACUUAGUCCACAACACUACUGUUGAUGAAGCUCUGCCACAUAAUUUAGAAGGGUAC